UCGCCGCCGUAGCCCCCACCGCCUUCUGCGCGGGAAGCCGCGAGCCCGAUACCGGCAACCGCCCGCUUUCUGUGGCGGAGAGGGGAGCGGGACGGCCGUUGGUAGAGGCCGCGGCUGUCGACGGGCCCAGCCCGCUCGAGUACUGAAUACACUGGAGGAGUACAAAUUGGAAGAAGCAAAUAUUUCUUGAAAAAUUCAGCCAAAGUUCAAAAGCAAAAAUGCGGCCAAUGCGUAUUUUUGUGAAUGAUGACCGCCAUGUUAUGGCAAAACACUCGGCAGUUUAUCCAACACAAGAGGAGCUGACAGCAGUACAGAACAUGGUCUCUCACACUGAACGUGCUCUCAAGGCUGUAUCUGACUGGAUUAAUGAACAAGAGAAAGGUAGCGGAGAGCAGCCAGAACCUGAGACCAUGGAGACUGUAGCUGAAGAAGAGAACAAAGAAGGAAGCUUCUUUUCAUCAUUUCUUAGUGACCCGAAGACCACAGAGCACUUGACUCGGACACUUCGUGGAGUGAUGCGUGUUGGUCUUGUAGCGAAGGGGCUCUUGCUUAAGGGAGACUUGGAUCUUGAGUUGGUUCUGUUGUGCAAGGAGAAGCCUACUACUGGUCUUUUGGAAAAAGUGGCAGAUAAUCUUGGAACCCAACUUGCUACUAUUACUGAAGAUAAAUAUGAAAUUAUCCAAUCUAUCAGUGAUGCUGCAAUUAUCAUUAAGAAUACAAAAGAACCUCCACUGACACUUACCAUCCACUUGACAUCUCCUGUUGUCAGAGAAGAAAUGGAAAAAAUGUUAGCUGGAGAAACGCUAUCAGUCAACGACUCACCGGACGUUCUGGACAGGCAGAAAUGCCUUGCUGCCUUGGCGUCACUCCGACACGCCAAGUGGUUCCAGGCCAGGGCAAAUGGCUUGAAAUCAUGUGUCAUAGUCAUCAGAGUGCUGAGAGAUCUGUGUACCCGUGUGCCUACUUGGGCUCCACUUAGAGGAUGGCCUCUAGAACUGCUGUGUGAGAAAUCAAUUGGAACAGCCAAUCGACCAAUGGGAGCUGGUGAGGCCCUGAGAAGAGUUCUUGAAUGCCUUGCAUCAGGAAUAGUCAUGCCAGAUGGUUCUGGUAUUUAUGAUCCUUGUGAAAAAGAAGCCACUGAUGCUAUUGGGCAUCUAGACAGACAACAAAGGGAAGAUAUCACACAGAGUGCUCAGCAUGCGUUAAGGCUUGCUGCUUUUGGCCAACUUCAUAAAGUUUUGGGGAUGGAUCCGUUGCCAUCAAAGAUGCCCAAGAAACCAAAAAAUGAAAACCCAGUUGAUUACACUGUCCAGAUUCCCCCUAGCACCACAUAUGCCAUUGCUCCGUUGAAACGUCCUAUGGAAGAAGAUGGAGAGGAGAAAUCUCCAAGCAAAAAGAAAAAGAAGAUUCAGAAAAAAGGUAUUGAGUUGGCAAGAGAGGAGAAAUCAGAACCGCCGCAAGCUAUGAAUGCACUGAUGAAACUCAACCAACUGAAACCUGGACUUCAGUAUAAACUAGUGUCUCAGACAGGUCCAGUUCAUGCUCCUAUAUUUACUAUGUCUGUGGAAGUAGAUGGCAUCACAUAUGAAGCUUCAGGACCUUCCAAAAAAACAGCCAAGCUGCAUGUAGCUGUAAAGGUGUUACAAGAUAUGGGAUUGCCUACGGGUGUAGAAGGAAGAGAGAGGGGUGAUGAAUCAGCAGAGGAAACGGAUCAGAAACCAGUAGCUAUUACUGCUCCGCCUGUAGUGGAGACUAUUUGUACACCCAGUGCUGCUUCUCCUUCAGAGCAAACAGAGAAUGUGAAGCAGCAGGGACCAAUACUGACAAAGCAUGGGAAAAACCCAGUUAUGGAGCUAAAUGAGAAACGACGUGGCUUAAAAUAUGAGCUGAUUUCAGAAACUGGCGGCAGUCAUGAUAAGCGGUUUGUGAUGGAGGUUGAGGUUGAUGGUCAGAAAUUCCAAGGAGCUGGUUCAAACAAAAAAGUGGCGAAAGCUUAUGCUGCACUGGCUGCGUUAGAAAAGCUUUUUCCAGAUGCCCCCCUUCCAAUGGAGCAAAAGAAGAAAAGGGCCCCUAUGCCAGCGAGAGGUGGACCCAAAUUUCCCGUAAAGCAUAAUCCAGGCUAUGGUAUGGGAGGCCCUAUGCAUACUGAAGUGCCACCCCCUCCAAACAUGCGGGGUCGUGGUAGAGGAGGAAAUAUCCGAGGCCGCGGUAGAGGAAGAGGUGGAUUUGGUGGUGCUAAUCAUGGAGGAUAUAUGAAUGCUGGAGCUGGAUAUGGAAGCUAUGGCUAUGGUGGCAAUUCUGCAACAGCAGGCUAUAGUCAGUUCUACAGUAAUGGUGGCCAUUCCGGCAAUGCAGGAGGGGGUGGUGGAUCUGCAGGGUAUGGUUCCUACUACCAAGGUGGCGACUACAGCUCUCCUGCCCCUCCUAAACACGCCGGGAAGAAGCAGCAGCAUGGAGGACAGCAAAAGCCCGCCUAUGGUUCUGGCUAUCAAGCCCAUCAAGGCCAACAACAGCAAUCUUAUAACCAGAACCAGUAUAGCAACUAUGGGCCACCGCAAGGCAAGCAGAAGGGAUAUAACCAAGGCAACUACGCUUCAUACUCGAAUUCCUACAACUCUCCUGGCGGUGGUGGAGGAGGAUCAGACUACAAUUAUGAAAGUUACGGCGGUGGUGGUGGACGUGGCGGUAGUGGCGCGAACAAUUAUGGCUCAGGAGGAGCCGCCUACAAUGCUGGUUCCCAUGGUGGCUAUGGGGGCGGAGCUGGGGGAGGAGGGUCAUCUUACCAAGGAGGAUAUUCUCAGCCAAACUACAACUCUCCAGGUUCAAACCAGAAUUACAGUGGACCUCCCAAUUCCUACCAAGUCUCCCAAGCUGGUUAUGGCAGAAAUGACCACAGCAUGAACUAUCAGUAUAGAUAAACCAGUCUGUUCUCGGGUGUGAAGCUUUGUUACCUUCUAAACUUGCAUACCCUUUGAAUAUUGAGUUUUAUUGCAUCACAGUAAACAUGUAAACCCUGUUUCCAUGUUGCAGUGCUCUUUGUGAUAUCAGUCACUAAUGGUUGAGUACUUUGUAAUUCCAUACUUAGCUGUAUUUUGGACAUUUAAUGGUGUAUUUAAUGGUUUGUUUGCCAUUUCAAUUUUCUGUCUAAAUAGAAUUUGAGUUCAGUAUCCUUUUUCUGUUUAAAUGACAUUCAUGUGUUAACACAGUAUGGCUUUAAAUAGAUAAGGGAUAUCUUCUGCUAAUGCUUUUGUGAAGUGAGUUUAAACAAGCUUUCUGUAUUUUAAUGCUUUAGUGUUUUUCAGUUUUAUAAGUGAGGAUUUUAUUUUAAAACUUGUGGGAAAGAGUGGGUUUUGUAUGUCUGGGUCAUUCAGACAGCACAUCUGGAUUAUGCUGAAUGUAGACAAAUAAACACAAACUCUUCAUGUGUC